AUGGUUCUCUCCCGCAGUGCUUCUUCUUCUAUCUUUCACAAGAGGAGAAGUGUUUCCUCCACUAGCUUCUACACCGCCACCACCAUUUUUGAGAAUAAUAUUUCUCAAGGUGAUAAUGUUAGUGCACUCCGAGCUACAUCACCUGCACAAACAAGAAAUAGCUCCAAGUCCAAUUCCACUUCCACUUCUAGCUCCACAUCCAGAUCCAAAUCCACAUCCACCUCUCCAUCGAGAACCAGCUCCAAGUCGAGCGCCACAUCAGCUUCAACAAGUACAUCUACCAAAGGGAAAUAUGAACCUAUUUCUUCCGAGGUCGAUUCAGAUACGCUCCAACUUCUAAAUCCCGAAGACCUUGUCGCUUUCUUAUCUACUCCUCUUGCAUCAUCAACUUCAUCGGACAUUAAACACGUUGAGAUCCAUUUUGACUUGUGCUACUACCGCAACAAGUUAUUGUUCAAGACGAUGUGGAGUAACGGAAAAUAUGAUGUGAGAUUAAGAGGACUUGAAUCCGUGAAAUUGACCACCAGCGGAUUCAACUUCUACGUUGAGGACCAUAAGCCUGUCGAUCAAUUUGAUAAUAAGACAUUGGCUGUGAGGACCUUGACUACAGCCAUAGAUAGGAUCUUGGAUUUACUCGUGGAUCAACAAGGACCUAAAAGGUUCAUUUGGGUAUCUACCAAUGGUUUUUUAAAAGAAACUUAUAACCGAUUAAGACAAAAUGGUAAAUACCCUUAUCCCCAGAUGCCUAGAACCAUUCCAAGAUGGACUCGAACAAUUUCAUUCCAUCUUCCUUUCCUCAUGAGACCCACUUGGUCAAAUUAUCAUCCAUUCAGUGAGAAUAAGAAUGAGAAUGAUGAAACGAUCAACCCUUCUCCUUCUUUUUGUGGUACGAAGAUCUGCUCCAUUCAGCAUAUCAGUAUCCCGGGUGAAGGAAUGCACAAGUGGUUAAAGGGGGAAGCUAUGUCUUCGUUGAUCAAAGAUUUGCUUCAUAGACAUGACCAAGGAGAAGCAAAGGUAUCCAUCGAAAUAAGAGGUCAGAUCAAAAAGGGGCGAGAAAGGUAUAUAGAUAUGUUGCAAGAAGCACUCCGACAAAAAGACAAGAAUAGCGAGAUUGAACUGGUCUGGAUAGAUUAA